AUGUCAGUCGAAGAAAUCCCACAAGGUUCAGAUGUUAAUAUCAUUUCAAACAAAAAUGAAAAAAAAGCAAGAGAAUUAAUUAAAAAAUUAAAUUUAAAACAAAUUAAAGGUAUAUCAAGAGUUACUUUUAAACAAAGAGGUAAUUUAAUUUAUGCAAUUGAUUCACCAGAUGUUUAUAGAUCAUCAGCAGGUACUUAUGUUGUUUUCGGUGAAGCUAAAGUUGAUGAUAUGAAUCAAAGAAUUGCUGAAGCUCAAGCUCAACAAGCUCAACAAGAUGCUUUAACUUCUGCUUCAAAAUCAUCAAAUGAUGAAAUUCAAGAUAAAUCACCAGAAUCAAUUACUGCAGAUUUAGAAAAAGCAUCAUUAGGUGAAAAUAAAGUUGAGGAAGUUAAUGAUGAUGAUGAAGAUGAAGAAGAAAUUGAUGAAAGUGAAUUUGAUCCAAAAGAUAUUUCUUUAAUUGUUGAACAAACUCAUGUUUCAAGAGCUAAAGCUGUUAAAGCUUUGAAAAAUCAUGGUGGUGAUAUGGUUAAUGCUCUUAUGGAAUUAUCAUAG